UAGUGGAGCAUUGUUAUGGCUUAGUUAUGUGCACAAGUGCAGUUUUGUUUCAUUCACGGCAUUGCAUGAUGAAGUGGUUACUGUUCUGCAUGUCUUUGCUUCUCCUCACCAUUACCAAUUCACCCAUCGCGAGGAGUGGGGAGACCGAGUCGCCAGGCUCAUGUGCGAAAAGCCAGAAUGGUGGAGAUGAGGCGUCGUCAUCUUCAUCUUGUGGCUGCAGCGCAACGAACAGAGAUGCUGAGACUUCAGAACGCUACAAAAAGUCUCAGGACGAGAAACAUCCAGAACUUCCGUCUUCAGAGAAGUUUCUGGAGUCGCCCUACCCAAGGACCAAUCAAAUGGUUCAAUUAGAAGGCGGAGUGUUCACGAUGGGAACCGAUAAGCCCGAGAUUCCUGUUGACGGGGAGUCACCUGCUCGGCAGGUAGAGCUCGAUCCGUUCUGGCUCGACGUGUAUGAGGUCAGCAACGCAGAGUUUGAGCUGUUCGUCAAUGACACCGGAUAUAAAACGGAGGCAGAGGCGUUUGGUGAUUCGUUUGUCUUGGAGAUCAUGAUCAGCGAGGAGAUCAAGAAAGACAUUGAUUCGGCGGUUGCUGCAGCUCCAUGGUGGCUGCCAGUGAAAGGUGCCGACUGGAGGCAUCCCUUCGGGCCAGACACCAAUAUUUCGCGAUUAAUGGACCAUCCCGUCGUGCACAUCUCGUGGAACGACGCCCUGGCGUACUGCAAGUGGGCCGGACGCCUGCUGCCCACGGAGGCGCAGUGGGAGUACGCAUCCCGCGGUGGACUGGCUAACAGGCUGUUCCCAUGGGGUAACAAGCUCUUGCCGAAAGAUGAGCAUCGCACGAAUAUCUGGCAGGGUGUGUUCCCGACUAAUAACACGGCUGAGGAUGGCUACACAGCGACAUCACCUGUGAAGAGUUAUCCUCCUAACAAGUUUGGCUUGUACAACAUGAUAGGCAACGUGUGGGAGUGGACGCACGACUGGUGGACGACGCGGCACACAGCGGAGCGCAAAACAAACCCGACUGGACCAGCAUCGGGUAAGGAUAAAGUCAAGAAGGGUGGAUCCUACAUGUGUCAUAAGUCCUACUGCUAUCGAUAUCGCAAUGCUGCACGAAGCCAGAACACACCAGACAGCUCAGCAAGUAACCUGGGAUUCCGCUGCAGCCGGCCCGUCGAAACGUAGCCCCGCGUACGUCCCCUUCUCUUCUGCUGCCUUUGAUUUCUGCUGCCACCGUAUCAAGCUGGUCUUACGGUACCGCAAGCAUUGCACAGAGGUAAACACACGGUGCUGUUUGUACCUUUUUAUGACUUUUACUCAACCCUGCAGAAGUAUAUGUUCUGCUUAUCGACCCUCCACAUCUUGAGCUUAGUCUUGGGCAGUCCAUCAUCGAUAGAAGAUGGCCGUGGCGUCAUUUGCACAUGCACCAAAAGCGAUUGCACUGAUUUCACCAAGGUCAUCCCAGUUCUUCUCCCCCCCCCCCCCCCCCCUAUUUCCAUUCUCUACUCUUUGUGCUCUGCUGGCUUGAGUUCAACAUUUAUAUUGUUACAUGCUGUGAAAAGAUCCAAAAAUCAAGGAAAGGCAAAGAGAUUUUGCCAUAUUGAUA